UAAUUUUGAAUUCACCUCAGUAGCCUUUGAAAACAAAAUAUUUCAAAAAGAAAAAAAAUUGAAAACAAUUUUUUUCAUUCCAAAAAAUAAUCUCCUAACAGACGGUUCUGUUUCUGCAAUCGAAUAUGGAAGAGGAUAUUAAAUUUGGAAAACGUCUACGCAAUUGCUGUCGCAUCCAUCACAAUGGCUUCUUUAAUUUCCUGUCGCCGCUGGUGCUACUACCCUUGGUGUUUCGGGAACCUACAUUGGAAUACCGCACCCUAUAUCUGCUGAUAUUAUCCUUGCUUUGGUAUACCGUCGAUGUCAUACCCCAGGGUGUUACGGCAGUCCUGCCUAUGGUAUUGUUGCCCAUUUUUGGGGUUAUGUCCUCGACGGAGGUGUGCAUGUCCUACACCCAGGACAGUCAAAUGGUAUUUGUCUUGGCCUGUUUCAUGGCCAUAGCCAUGGUGAACAAUAGAUUGGAUCGUUUUUUGGCUCUGAGACUUUUGAGGACAAUUGGUGUAAAUCCGAUGAGGUAUGACCACUAA